AAGCAAAAGGAAGCUCAAACUCUCCUUAAUCUCAAAGAAUAGCCUUCUUCUUAAAGGGUUCCUUUACUUUUAAGUUUCUUUAUAAUUAUCUUCAUACGAAAACAAAAAAUAAUACUCAUAAAAUUCCCAUUUUUCCCACGAAAAAUAUAUACAUAAAAAAAUGGAGGGAUUAAUUCCAAUGGUUUUUAGGGCUAUUAAGAAAAAUAAAAUAAGAAGGCAAUAUAGAUGUCUUUCUAUGGGAAAUUCUCAAACUUACAAUUUAGUUGAUUUUUAUGAUGAUCAUGAUCAUAAUCAAAAUCAUAGAUUUUACUCCACUGAGAUGCAGCCACGUGGUGGGUCUAAGGAAAGUAGAAAUGGGCAUCGACGGUUUGCAUCAACCGGAGAGUUUGGAAUCAACGGUGGAUAUAACUUCAACUAUGAUCAUGAUCAUCAUGAUGGCGGAUUUGGUAGGUUUAAUAGCCCUCCUAAUAAUAAACAAAUUAUUAAGAGAUAUGGAAGUCAUAGGUUGUUCUCUUGCAUUACAGGAGCUACCUAAAUUUUAUUUAAGCUUUUUUAUUGGACAAGAUUUUAUUUAGUUCACAAUUGUAAAUAUUUCAUUUUCCCCUUUUGUUAUAAAUAAUAAAUUGUGUACAAUAAUGGUAAAAGGGGUGUUGUACAAAUUAAUGAUUAUCAUAGUGAUAAUAUGGGAAUAAAGGUGAGUGAUUGAAUUUGAAAAUAUUUGUAAUAUUUUUGCUCCUAAUAGAUUGAUUGGAUCUAAGAGUGAUUCUGGACAGAAAUUAAAAUUGUUGACUGGUUUAAUUAGUUAAAAGUAUUAGUUGAAAGUUGUAUUAACCAAUUGUUAUUAAGAUUUAUUUGGAGUAUAAAUUAAUUAUUGGUUGAUUUGUUUAUUAAAGAAAUUAAAUAAACUACUAAGAAUGACUUUUUAAUUUUGGCUUAAAACUCAUAUUCAACUAGCUAAAAAGUCUUUAGUCAGAUAUUUCUUUAGUUAUUUAACCAGCAUAAAAUCAAUAAGUUAUAAGGCGAACCAAUAUGUAAUAAGUCCUAUAAAUGAUUUAGGAAGGCUUAUUUAUACGGAGAACAAAGGGAAUUCCCUAACGUGAUGGUCAACAUCAAUUGCAUAAAUCGGAAAUGGAAGAAUUGUCCCAAGUUAGAGGCAAAAUUCCAUUAUUAGUACAAUGCUUAGAUUAUGUGUAAAUAUUUAAGGGGAGAAAUAAAGUCAAACUAAUGAAAUAAAAGCAAAUAGAGAUGCAUUUAAAAUAGUUGAGAUAGUUGUGAAGAAUAUAAAAUGAGCAUGAAAUAAAAAUAAUAAUUUAAAAAGAAGAUGAUUUCCCCAUUAUAGAGGUAAUGCAUUCUCCCACCCUUCCUUAGGAUAAAUAUUUAUUCCACAAAAUUAAGAGCUCCUUUUGCAACCAUUCUCUCACAUCUACAACAAUUAAAUUUCACUAAUUUCUCAUUUAAUAACUUUGUUUUCUUACUUUGAAUUUUUUAUCCCUUAAAUAUUUACAUCCAAUAAAAAUACUUAAUUUUA